AUGGCUUCCCAAGCCUCUCUUGACGCCUACCAGGCGGCUCGCGCGGAGCUCAUCGCGUCUGACCGUGCGCUUCGCCGUGAUAACGCGCGCAUCGCUACUGCAAGCGACGCUGAGAAGCGCGCCGAUGAGAAGAUACGCGCUCUGCGCGCGAAAGAGGCGCAGGAGAUCUGGAACGACGAGAGUAUCCCUAAUGUGUUUCCUGGGAUGGGGUUCUUGGUCUGCAAGGAUAUCAUCGACCGGACAGAGCUAUUCCAGAUCGUUCGAAAGAUGCCGAAAGGCGCUCUUCUACACGCACAUCUGGACGCCUGUGUAGACAAGUCGAAGCUUCUCGCGUUCGCGUACGAAUAUCCUCAGAUGCACAUCCGCGUAGCGCGCGGCGUAACUCCGGAACGUAUGGCAGAUCAGCUACCUACCUUCGCGCCACUCGCAAUCUCGCCCUUCACAGCCGGCUCGAGCGCCGGGAUGAGUGCCGCACAGGGAUACGUGGGCGAUACAUGGGUUCCCGUCGCAGAGGCUAGGAAGGCGUUUGAUCCUGCGCUCGGUGGACCGGAAGGCUUUGAUAAGUGGAUCCUGGAUACGCAGAUGGUCAACCCCGGAGAGGCGUACGGUACGCACAAUAGUAUCAGGGAGAUCUGGAUCAAGUUUAUUCAGACCUUUGGUGUCACUUCGGGUAUAUUCCGCUUCCGGCCUCUCUUCCGGCGCUACUUUCGACAAGUCUUACUGGACUCGAUUGAGGACGGUAUAUCAUACGUCGAGUUCCGCAUGAACUUCCAGCUCAAGUUCAUGUACGGCGAAGACUGCGAGGAGAACGUCCCUCACCGAGAGUGGAUUCGUGACAUAGAGGCCAUCGGGAAGGAGGUCAAAGCAGAAUUCGAUGCCGCUGGCCGUGGAGACGAAUUCUUCGGAAUCAAAAUCAUCUAUUCCGUCGUUCGACUGCUCUUACCUCAAGAGCUGGAAUGGUACACUGCGGAUGUGCUGGCCCUCAAGAAAGAGUUCCCCGACAUCAUCGCCGGUUUCGACCUCGUCGGAGAUGAGAACGUUCUGCGACCUCUGAAGUACUACCUCCCGCAACUCUUGAAGUUGAAAGCAGACGCGAAAGAGGCUGGCCUCGACCUUCCGCUGAUAUUACACGCGGGCGAAACACUCACCGAUGGCGGGGAGCCAGAUGAGAACAUGUACGACGCGAUCUUGCUCGGUGCUCCGCGCAUUGGACAUGGGUACUCUCUGGUGAAGCACCCGAAGCUGAUGGAAAUUUGUCGCGAGCGUGGUAUUGCUAUUGAAGUAUGCCCCAUCUCGAACGAGAUCCUUCGUCUUUGUUCAUCAAUGCCAGCGCACCCUCUUCCUAUUCUCCUCAACAACGGUAUACCGGUGUCCCUCAACUCUGACGAUCCGGCCGUGUUCAACUCUAUGGGUAUGUCGUACGACUUUUACCAAGUCAUCGUAUCCAGCGAGAUCUCCGGCCUCUCGACUCUGGCGCAGCUAGCUCUUGACAGCCUGCAGUACUCUGUUCUGCCAGACGAGCAGAAGAAACAGGCCAUUGCGGCGUGGGAGAGGAGAUUUGCGAAAUUUGUGGCAGAGUUGUAG